CGAAGGAUUGUGUGUAAUUUUGGACGAUGAUGCGCGGAUUUCAGUUGACUCUGGCUCUGGUGGUGAUCACCCUCUCCGCCCUUCGGCCAAGAGAUGGCCUUACCGGAGCCGACGCUUCGACUUCCACUUCCGCCUUCGUUCAGAAUGUCAUCUUCUCUAACAGGAUUGCCAUGUUCUCCAAAUCCUACUGCCCAUAUUGCAUGGGUGCCAAACGCAUCUUCAGUGAACUUCACGAAAAACCCUUUGUUGUGGAGCUUGAUCUUCGAGAUGAUGGACCUCAAAUUCAGAGUGUCCUACUAGACCUGACAGGCAGGCGCACUGUUCCUCAAAUUUUUGUGAAUGGCAAGCACAUUGGUGGCGCUGAUGAUCUUAAAGCCGCAGUUGCUAGUGGUCAGUUGCAGAAACUUCUUGCAUCAAGUUGAUUGAUUGCCUUCUGGGAACGAGGAAGCACAUAUGUGUUGGACUGAAGCUGCAUAUCAGUGCAGAGGAAUCUUAACUUUGUGAAAACUUUUGAUAAUAUUUGUUAUUCGUUGAUACUCUGCAACAGAGAAUGCUGUUGCAAAUUUAGGCCUUGGCUUUAAUGAAAAUAUGCCUUUUUAUUUUUCAUUA